AAUUAGAAACGUGAAACACUUUCUCUUCACCCCUUCUUCACCCAGCGUCUUUCAGUUCCGAUUCCUCCGAUUCCUCCCUUCACCGAAUCACCAAUUUCGUCACCGCACCGUGAAACUAAAGGGAAAUUUUUCGUCCUCCCUUCUCCUCUCUUUCUCGAUCUCUCUCAAUGAAACUAAAGGGGAAAAUCAUAACCCUAAGAAAAAAAAUCAAAAUUCAAGGUCUACUAGGUUCAAUUUCAACCCUACUGUCUUGAUCAAGAAGGAACAGUGAGAAAAUUUCAGGUCUACUAGGUUCAAUUUCAGGUUCUGCAUUUAUUUUUAUUAUUCAGCUAUGCCUCCUAAAUUGCCUCCUAAGAUUAGAAAGUUUCCUUCUGGGUGUGAGAAGCGUAAGAAACAGAAAAAACUUAAUAAGUUAAUACAAUCUCAGUCAGGAGCCCUUAAUAAAUUUAUCAUAAGACAACCGAAAAUUCAGAAUGUUGGUGUUGGAAUUGUUGAAAAUCAGAAUGUUGGUGUUGGAAUUCUUGAAAAUAUGGAGGAAAAUACCAAUGUUAAUGCUACUGAAAAUGAAAAUUUAUUAGAUGCUCAAAAUAUGGAGGAAAAUGCUAAUGUUAAUGCUACUGAAAAUGAUAAUGUAGAUGUUGAGAAUGCCGAUAAUUCUAAUAAUGACAAUGGUGAAAAUAUUGAUAUAUUUGAUCCAACAAUUUGGGAUUCUCUUGGGUCUAGAAUGAUUGAAUUAUUAGCAACAAAAGGUCCGAAAAGAGAUUUGUCUAUUGUGAAGGGUCCUAGAGAUAAAACAACGGCUAGACGUUUUACGGCUAAUUUGUAUACUAGAGUUUUAUCAAAUGGAGAGAAAUGCGAUAGAGAUUGGCUUGUUUAUUCAAAAGAGCUUGAUAGAGUAUUUUGUUUUUGUUGUAAAAUUUUUAGAAGAGGGAUUGGUAGAGGUCAGUUAGCAAAUGAAGGUUUUUCUACUUGGAAACAUGUUGGUGAAAGACUUAGGGAGCACGAGACAGGCAUGGAACAUGUUAACAACAUGACUACUUGGUAUGAGUUGCGUAAAAGGAUGCAAAAUUUUCAAACUAUUGAUAAAACAACUCAAAGGUUGAUUGAUAAAGAAAAAGAGCAUUGGAAAAAUGUUUUAAAAAGAAUUCUUUCAAUAGUGAAAUUCCUUGCUAAACAUAAUUUGGCUUUUCGUGGUUCUAAUGAGAGAUUGUACCAAAAUAGCAAUGGGAAUUUUUUGGGCUUAAUUGAAAUGUUAGCAGAAUUUGAUCCAGUUGUCCAAGAACAUGUUAGACGUAUUACAGAUAAUAAAGUUCAUGUUCACUUUCUUGGACAUGACAUCCAAAAUGAGUUAAUACGUUUGCUAGCUUCUGCAAUUAAAAAUGAAAUCAUUAGAAAAAUCAAACAAGCAAAGUAUUUCUCAAUUAUACUUGAUUGUACUCCUGAUGUUAGUCAUCAAGAGCAAAUGUCUUUGAUAAUACGAUAUGUGGAUGUUGAUUCAAGUUCUGUUAAUGUUGAAGAAUCUUUUUUAGGAUUUUUAAAAGUGAAUGAUACAACUGGUCAAGGACUUUUUGAUGUUUUACAAGAUGAAUUGAAAAAACUUGAUCUUGAUAUAUUUGAUGUGCGAGGACAAGGAUAUGAUAAUGGGUCAAAUAUGAAAGGAAAACAUCAAGGUGUACAAAAGAGGUUUUUAGACAUAAAUCCAAGAGCUUUUUAUACUCCUUGUGGUUGUCAUAGUCUUAAUUUAACAUUGUGUGAUAUGGCUAACUCUUGUCACGAAGCUAAAAACUUUUUUGGAGUUGUUCAACGCAUUUAUACUAUUUUUGCCAAUUCUACUAAGAGAUGGCAAAUUUUGAAAGAUAAUGUAAAAUGCUUGACUCCAAAAUCAUUAUCAUCCACUCGUUGGGAGAGUCAUGUAGAAAGUGUCAAAGCUAUUAAAACUCAAAUGUCAGAGUUUACAGAAGCUUUACUUGAAGUGUCAGAAAAUGAUAGUGAUUCUAAAAUAAGUAGUGAAGCUAAAUCCUUAGCAACAAAUGAGCUUGGUGAUUUUAAGUUUUUAAUGUCGAUAAUUAUUUGGUUUGAAAUAUUAUUUGCAAUGAAUGCAGUUAGCAAGUUCCUACAAUCAAGAGAUAUGGUUAUUGAUGUUGCUAUGAAACAAAUAACAGGGUUGAUUUCAUAUUUUAAGGAAUAUAGAGAAAUUGGUUUUAAAAAUGCUUUGAAUUGUGCUACGGAAAUUGCUAUUGAAUUGAAUAUAGACCCGGUAUUUCCUCAAAAGCGUAUAAUUCAAAGAAAAAGACAGUUUGAUGAGAAUUUGAAUACUCCGACAGUUCAACUAUCUGAAGAGGAAUCUUUUAGAGUUAAUUAUUUUCUUAACCUUGUUGAUCAAGCUAUUGUAUCUCUUAAUAAGAGAUUUGAGCAAUACCAACAAUAUGAAAGUGUUUUUGGUUUCUUGUUUAGUUCUCGAAGGUUUCAAUCAUUGGACAAUCCAACUUUAGCGUCUUGUUGUAGUCAUUUUGAAGAAGCAUUGAAACAUAAUGAGCAAUGUGAUAUUGAUGGGAAAGAGUUAUGUAUGGAGUUAAGGUUACUAAGAGAGAUGUUGCCUGCAGAAGAAAUCGGACCUAUUGAUAUAUUAAAGUUUUUGAAAGGCAUGAAUUGUUUUCCUAAUACAACUAUUGCAUAUCGAAUUUUAUUGACAAUUCCUGUGACAGUUGCCUCUGCAGAAAGAAGUUUCUCAAAAUUGAAGUUGUUGAAGUCAUACUUGCGGUCUACCAUGUUACAAGAAAGGCUUAAUGGGUUAGCAUUGAUAGCAAUUGAGAAUGACUUGUUGGAGAAUAUACAAUAUGAAGAUUUGGUUGAUGAAUUUGCUUCAAAAAAUGCUAGAAGGGGGGCUUUUUUUAAGUAGCUAAAAUGUAUUUUGAUAAUAUUGAUUACAAUAUGAUUUUUUUUUUUAUUAGUCACAACAAUGAAUGAUUAUUUUUGAUGUUAUUGAAAUUGUUUACAAUUUAGAUAUAUUAUAUUUUUAUAAGGGGUCCAUUUUUAUUUUUUGCCCUGGACCUCUAAAUACUCGGAGACGGCCCUGUGGGUAUAUCCUCCUUUUCUUUGGAAGCUCCCUUUGUGUCCCCAUGCUUUAUCUCUAUUUUGUGGUUUUCCAUGCAACUUCCAGCAAUUUUCCCUAAUAUGACGAGGCUUGUGACAAUAGGUACACCGAGUAUCAUCACCUUUCCUCUCAAUAUUUGUUGAUUCUCCCUUUCUUCGGUCAGCACUCAUUGUUGUCUCCUCUCCUUUGUUAAGAUCAACCAUCAUAGCUGAAUUCUCAAUUACUGGAGUGUCUAACGUCAGACUCCUUCUGCUUUCUUCGCUUCUCACAAUGGCUAUCACUUCAUUAAAGCUUGGAACUUCCUGUUUUCCCAAGAUUUGAAUUCUAACUUGGUCAAAUUCAGAGUUCAAACCAACCAGAAAGUCAUACACCCUGUCUUGCUCAAUGAACUUCUUCAGAAUUGCUGCAUCUGCAGAGCACUGAGUCUUUAUGACCCUAUAAUGAUCAAGUUCCAUCCAUAGUGCCUUUAGCUGAUUGACAUAAUCAGUGACAGUUCUGUUUCCUUGCUUUGCUGCCAAAGUUUUCACCUUUAGUUCAUACACUUGAGCAGCAUCUUUGGCUUUGGAAUAACUUUCCUCCAUAGCAUCCCAAUGCACGUGUCACUGAUGUCCGGAUCCAUGGAGUUCCCCAGCCAUGCCAUGAUCCUUGAAUCUUCCUCAUCCCAUUUGGUAAAGUUGGGAUCAUUCUCCUUAGGUGCAGCAUCCAUUAUAUGCUUCACUUUUCCCUUUCCUUUCAAGAUUGUUUUAAUGAGUUGAGACCAUUUGAGAUAAUUUUUCUCAUUCAGCCUGUAAGCAGAAUGAAUAUUCUGCAAUUCUCCAGGAUUUUGAGAAGGGACAUCUCCUGUCUCAGAUUUGGUCUUCUCCUCAGGGGUUCCAGAUCCAGACAUUGUAGAAUAAAAGAAGGGAAAAAUUGAUGGUUUAAGAAACUAUGUGCUAAAAAAAAUGCACAGAAAUUCGCAACAGCAAUGAAGGCUGGCGUUUUUAGGGUUUCAGCAUGCAGCAGACAGAAGCACCCAGAACGGAUGCUCUGGUACCAUGUAAGAAAUUAGGGCUGAAUGAAUAAUUUCUGAUAUAUAUUAACAUUGAGAGGUACAUAGAAUAUAUACACAGUUUCUAUGCUAAUUAAGGAAGGACUGAAUAAAGGAGAUCUCAUCUAAUCAUAAUAAUCUGUACACUAAUAGAAGGGAUAUUAUUUAUUUCCUAAAUAAACAUAUUUCUCUAAUUAUUGCAAGAUUUUCCACACUAUACCCUACCAUUAAAUAAAAAUGGUGACUACUUCUCUACCCUCACAAAAAUUGAGGGUAGUUGCCCUAUGCUGAUGUGGCACCAAUGAAAUUCAUCCAUGUGUAUUUAAGUCAAACAUAAUUAAUUUUUUACCAUAAAUUAUUUUGACUACUUUUAUUUUCAAUUAAUUAUAUUUUAUGUUACUAGUUUUCUUUAAUUAUAUUUUAGACUAUAUGUAAAUAUAAUUAGAAUUAAUUUGAUCAUUGAAUGCUUGUUUCUAAACAUUAUAUAUUGAUUCUAAAAUAUCAAUGUUAUUAGUAAAAAAAAAAUCAAUGUUAUAGGCUCGAAAAAAUAAAUAUAUAUCAAUGUUAGUUUAAAUAAAAAUAAUAAGAGAACAAAAACAACAAAGAAAAAAAAACUACU